UGUGGCGCGGCGGCGCGGCAGUCGGUAAAUUCAUUACGUUCAUUACGCACUUUGGUUUGGCGGUAGCGAAGUAGAUUUAUCGAGUCACAUAGUCGGUCGUCUAUUGUGCCCUGUGCGUGUAUUAAUAAUUAAAGACAAAGUACUGUGUAGGAAUAUACUAUAAUCAUGGCAACAGAAGUAGCGAACAACGUUCCUGAGAACACAGAAAAGGAAAAGGAACUCAAGGAGGACGCACCGGUAGAUAAUGGAAAGGAAGAGGUGCCGGCAUCUGCGGAAAAGGCUGAAGAGAAGGCAGACGAAAAGAAAGUUGAACCUGCCCAGCCAAAACUAACUGUCCAUAAAAUUAAUUUUGAAAAGGACAUCGUCUAUCUGUAUCAGUUCUCGAGAACUCCUUUGUUACCGUCGAUAUCCCCGUACUGCUUGAAAGUUGAAACAUGGCUCCGUCUCGCCGGCAUCAAGUACGAGAACGUCGAUCACAAGGCCAAGUUCCGGUCCAAAAAAGGUCAACUGCCUUUUGUGGAGCUGAAUGGCGAAGAAAUCGCUGAUAGUGCUUUCGUUAUCAAGGAGCUUUCUGAGAAAUAUAACAAAGAUCUUGAUGCAGCACUGACGCCGGAACAGCGAGUUGUGGCACACGCGAUGAUCUCCAUGAUCGAAAAUCACCUGUCUUGGGUGAUUCUCUGGUGGCGCGCCAAGUAUCCGGAUAGUGUCAUCAAGGGCUACCAAGUGAAUCUACAAAAUGCCCUGAAUACGCGUUUGCCAAAUCCUAUACUAAAUUUCUGCUACAAGUUUACAUCUGGGCGUAAGGGCAUGAAGAAGGCAAAGGCUCAUGGUAUUGGAGUCCACUCUCAGGAUGAGAUUUUAGAAUUCGGCAAGAAUGAUCUGCGCGUACUCUCCGACUUGCUCUCUGAUAGGCCAUUCUUCUUUGGCGAUGAGCCUACUCUGCUGGACGUGGUAGCGUUCUCAAAUCUCGCACAACUGCACUUCAUUGACAAGGAUGUAGCUCAUCCCCUGCGAGACGCGAUGAAUGAUUCGUUCCCCAAUCUUGUUGGGCUGGUCUCCCGCAUCAAGGAGCGUGCUUUCCUCGACUGGGAUGACAUCUGUACUACUCUUGACCUGAACGCACAUCUCCCUAAGCCUGUGAAGGAGGUCAAAGAAACCAAGGAGGGCACUGGGCCUGCUGAAAAACAGCCGCUGCCAGACGAGCCGGAAAAGGGCAAGGGCGAUGAAAAGGAAAAAGAACAGGAGAAGGAGCCCGAAGAUAAAAAGGAGAAAGACAACGAAAAAGAAAAGUAAACAACAAAUAAUGACGCGGCGCUCGAACUUGAUAAGCAAGUUACAUUAGGAUACAAGUUGAAUUAUACACUUAAGAGUCAGACUCGUAAUAGAUUCUGUAAAUUAUAAGCGUGUAAAUCCAUUUGUCUUUCCCGUUCCUUUCAGUUAUUGAUGCUUGUGCGUCUAUUAUAAUGAUUACGCGUUUUGUUUUGAUUUAUUAUCAUUUGAAGUAUAAAUUCAUUCGAUUGUAUUAAUGUAUUAAGAAAGUGUCAUAGAGGUCUAUUAGUUGUCGUAAUUAACUGAGAUUAUUGUAAAAUUGAUUGUAUUAUGAAUCUGUUAAAAUGCUUGGUAUAAUUAUUUUCUUAAUAUGUAGGUAACCAUUUAUUUUGAAAAUUGUGAAAUAAUAAAAUUAAUAUCUUAUAAGGCAAUUUGGUUGUUAGGGUACUUACAGGAUUAGGUAAACGUUUAUUCGAAGGAAAUUCUAACUAGCAUAAAUAUAAUGGUAUAAAACUGUUUAAUUCAUAAUGCAUAUUGUCAUGUCAUAUAUAGAAAAGUACUCCUUUCAAUCUAAUAUUUCUUGAGAUAAUUCCAAGAUAUUAAUUUUAAUUAAUCUUAUGUAAUGAGAAUAGAACUUAUAUUAAUUACGUCUAUUUUACGACUGUGGGCAAUUAGCACUUAUAUUAUAUUAUAUUAUAUUAGCCCUAGCGCCCUAAUUAACUGAAAUGUGUAACGCUACAAAAUUUAAGUGUAGGUAUAAUUAAACCAAAAAUUGUCUGAUGUUUAGUAAAUAAUUGAAAGUAUUAUGCGUUCGGAAAUUUUGAAGCUCGUAUGCAACGGAGCUGGUGUGAAUGAAAAGAAUGUUUUUGAGAUUCCUGUAUUUUAUUGGUUUUUACAAUUAAAAUUUACAAUUUACAAAUUUUUGAUAAACGAGAAAGCCUGGAAGACUGUUUUUCAUGUAAUUAUGUAAUUCAUAGUCCAUAAAAUUUUUAUAUUGUAUUGUUAAGAUUUAGAAACGAAUAUACUCAAAUUUUGUAUGUACGAAAUUAAUUCAAUUUUGUGUGUUUAUUCUCUAUAUAUUACUUCAAAAGUCUAUCGCUAUAUCUGUCUGCAAUAAAAUUUAUGUCUUCAAGGUAUUUCGGUAUUGCAUUCAAGGGUUAUUUAAUAGUGAUACGGAAUAGUUGUGGGUUAAAUGUUUUCAUCUUUGUGACUCUGAUAGUGGUAUGGAAUGUGUUUAUUUGCACACAGUCUGAGCUCAACUAUACAUUAUUUUACCAAAUACUCAACUAAGACUGCUUUCGAGUCAAUGCUCUCGGAAAAUUGUUACAUAGUUUGACUGAUUAAUUAGAGUAACAAAAGUAAUUUUCAUCGAUUUUUUAAUUGUUUGCGGCGUUAGUCACUGAAACAGGCUUGUUAUAACAUUUUAGCAACUAAUUCACUUAAUUACAUUCCAAUUUCGUACAUUACUUGAAAAGCUUAAGACUCCAUCUCAUCUGUCCAGUUGAGGGUAUGUUACACUAUCAUAGCAUUUAUUUUUCUGUAUGAAUCAUAGAAUACACGAGCUUCACUUCAUAAGUCUUUAGUGUUCGUCUAACUAUUUGGUUAUUAUCUAAGUCAGCGUUUGGUCAUAUUGAUUCGUUUGCGUUUUUUCCAACAUCCUUACAGUCUAAUAAACAUUAGAAUAUAAUAACUGUAAGCCUAGAGAUCUGAAAUUAUAACAUAUUAAUAUCAUUUAAAUGAUAACUUAUCCUAAGGUUAAUAAAUAGACAUAGGUGUACGUAACCGUAAACCGUGUUACGUUUCGUUAGUGUAAGGCGUGUGUAGAACGACGCGGUGGAGAAGAUAAGGCUCGCUCCGCUCGUAGGUAUAACCAGUUACUCGUAAUAAAUAAAAUAGAGCAGAAUUUUAUUUGACGUAAGACUUUUGAUUUCAUGUUCUUGGGGUAAGGUUGACUCAGUCCCUCCCGACAACUGCUGACCAUCACUGCCAUUAGUCUCAGAUAUAAGGAUUUAAUAAUAAGAAAGUAAAUAGUUUAGGAAAUGAGGUUGUACUCCAGUGCGGGCACAUAUUAGUCGCCUCGCUUGGAACCUCACUUCGUAUAUAUAUCUCAAUAUUACAUUACCAAAUCAAUAGUUAUAGAUGUAAUAAUAUUACAAGACAUCCAUUGGAAAGCCUGUUUCAGUGUAAUGCAACAUCAUGUCGGGGACAAUCUCACUUACAGGUUUAAUGGUAAUUAAUGCACACUACAGGCACAUAAAAUGAACAUUACCAGGUUGUGGCUAUCGGAACAUGGUAAACCUACGCGUCUCGCGCAACGUGACCAAACGUGACGUGACGUGACCAGACGAUGUGACGCGAUGAGAGUGUGUAGCGGUGUAUGUGAGAUGAGAUGAGGUGAGAUAUUCGCAGGCGGCACAUUUAGUGGUAGUAUACGUACUUUAGUAAGACUAGGUUUAAAACAAUAAUCUUUUGAUCACAUUCGGCUCUCAUUAAGCUACAUAAUUAUUAAGUCGGGAAAAUAAAGAAAAGGAUCUACGGAUAUUGACUUGCAUAGAACAACGUUUGGUCCAUGCCUUGGUAAUUAAUGUGUAAAAGUAAAAUUUAUAA